AUGGCGCCAGAGCCUCUGAUUGGCUCGUUCACCGCCUCACGGUGGCGCCCGGCGGGCAUCACCGGGCGGGGUCAGCUGACACGCGGAGGGGAAACCAGGAGCUCCGCCCACGUCCCGGCCGGCCAGAGACCCGGGGGCCCUCAGAUCUGGGGGCCUUCAGACCCGGGGGCCCUCAGAUCUGGGGGCCUUCAGACCCGUGGGCCCUCAGACCCGGGGGCCUUCAGACCCGGGGGCCCUCAGAUCUGGGGGCCUUCAGACCCGGGGGCCUUCAGACCCGGGGGCCUUCAGACCCGUGGGCCUUCAGACCCGGGGGCCUUCAGACCCGUGGGCCUUCAGACCCGGGGGCCCUCAGACCCGGGGGCCUUCAGACCCGGGGGCCUUCAGACCCGGGGGCCCUCAGAUCUGGGGGCCUUCAGACCCGGGGGCCUUCAGACCUGGGCCCCUAACUGGGGCCACACCAGACGCUCGCCACUUCAGAAGCCUAACCAGCUCCACCUGUCCUCCACCUUCUGCGCAGCUCUUCUGGAGCAGCCUCCGUCUCCCGCCACCUCCCCUGCGGCGGACGCCCACCUGGUGCCCACCAACCCUCUGUACCCCUCCAGCUGCCCCGGGACCCCCCCGGCCCUGGAGGAGUCCUGGAGACAGCCUGGUCCCCGUACCGCCGCUGGGGGAGCCAACCAAACCAAGGCCCCCCUGACAGAUCUGAAGUGGGCCCCUGAACCAGGCUCCAAGGGCCGGCUCAGGGAGGGGCCCAGCGGCAUGGGGGCCCCCGGCAGCCUGGGGCCCCCCGGGAGCGUCCGGGAGCGGGGGGAGGGCAGAGACCACUCCUCAGACGAACUCAACAGCAAAUUCCGCUCGCAGUGCCUCCACUCCUCGUCCUCCUCGUCCUCCUCCUCUUCGUCCUCGGCCUACGAGAUGGCCCAGGGCCCCAGCAGCCCCGAGACGGAGACCACGCCCACCGGGGUCUCCCCCACGAGCCCCCUGCUGGCCCGCUCCCCCUCCACCAAUCAGCCCUUCCCCCCGCCCGGCCACGCGCCCCUCCAGCACCCCCUGUCCCCCUCGGGGGCCCUGACCCUCCCCAAGCUGCGGACCCCCCUGGCCCCCAGGGACAGCGUCCAGCUGGGGAAGAAGCACUGCAGCCAGCCGCCCCCCGUCCUGGACCGGCUGCACCCCCUCAACGCCAGCCCCGCCCCCACAAGCCCCGCCUCCUCCUCCUCCACCCUCCACAGCACCGCCCCCCCCCCCUUCGCCCAGCUGGUGGAGGAGACGGACAUCGACGACGGGACCCCCGACGCCAUGGACGGGGUGGUGGAGGGGCCGGUGGCCCCGGAGCCGGCGUCCCCCGGCGGGGGGGCCCUCGCUGGGCCGGUCGAGGACCCGGAGCGGCGGGACGCGGAGGUCCUGAAGCCGCCCACCCCCCCUCUCCACCGGCUCCCCUCCUGGGAGAGUCGUAUCUACGCCGUGGCCAAGUCAGGGAUGAGGGUAUCGGAGGCCGUGCCUGCGGCCAGGGGGGCUGGGAGAGGUCUCCAGUGCCCUGCCUCAGGGCCGUUCCCCCACCUCAUCUACAAGAACAUCAACGUCCCGGUGUUCACCACGCUGAAAGGGAAAGCCACUCAGAUCAGCAGCGUCCCGUUGGCCGACGAGGACUCGGGCUCGGAGGACGACAGCGGCUCCCUGGCCAGCCUGAGGACCUCGGCCCCGGGGCCCGACCGCAAGGGCAGCGGCCCUGGGAGCCCGCGCGCCGCCAAGAGAGGGGUGUCCAUGUCGUCGGUCGGCUCGGAGAGCGACUACGCCAUCCCCCCCGAUGCCCACUCCCUGGACAGCGACUACUCUGAGCCCGAGCUCAAGGUCCAGCGCACCUCGUCCUACUCCUGCGGGAGCAGCAGCGGGCCGGAGGUGCUGGAGAAGUCGGGCUACCUCCUGAAGAUGGGCAGUCAGAUCAAGGCCUGGAAGAGGCGCUGGUUCAUCCUCCGCAACGGAGAGAUCCUCUACUACAAGUCUCCGAGCGACGUGAUCCGGAAGCCCCAGGGCCAGAUGGAGCUGACCUCUUCCUGUCGGAUCGCCCGCGGAGAGGGAGCUCAGACAUUCCAGCUGGUGACGGAGAAGAAGACGUUCUUCCUGACGGCCGACUCGCCCAACAUCCUGGAGGAGUGGAUCCGCGUGCUGCAGAACGUCCUGAAGGUCCAGGCCAGCGGGCCCGUCGCCGUGGAGACCGCCUCCAAGCCCGCCGCCAGGGGCUGGCUCACCAAGGUCAAACACGGACACUCCAAGCUGGUGUGGUGCUCUCUGGUCGGCAAGGUCUUCUACUACUACCGCAACCAGGACGACAAGCUCCCCCUGGGCCAGCUGCGGGUGCGGGACGCGGUGGUCCAGGAGGUGGACCGCUCCUGCGACUCCGACGAGGACUACGAGGCGGGGGCCCGGGGCCCUGGCCCCCGGGGGGCGGGGGGCCGGGGGUUCCUGUCCUCCCACUGCACCCUGGUGGUCCAGCCCUGGGAGCAGAGCCCCACCUACCUGCUCAUCGGCACCAAGCAGGAGAAGGACACGUGGCUGUACCACCUGACGGUGGCUGCGGGCAGCGGCGCCGGCCUCAAGGUGGGCACGGAGUACGAGCAGGUGAUCGGAAAAUUACUGGACGCAGAGGGAGACCCUGACUCGGUCCUGUGGGGCAGUGUGGCUCUGUGCUGCUCUCAGGAGGGUCUGCGCUGCUCUCUCACCACGCUGCCGUCCGACGCCCUCCAGACUGAGGCCCUGAAGCUCUUCAAGUCCUGUCAACUCUUCAUCAACGUCCUGGUGGAGUCUCCCUCCAUCGACUACCACACCUCGCUGGCCCAGAAUGCACUGCAGGUGUGCCUGACCCACCCGGAGCUCCAGAACGAGAUGUACUGUCAGCUGAUCAAGCAGACGCACCGACGCACGCCAAACAACUACUCCCUAACGCAGUGCUGGCAGCUGCUCUCUCUGUGCGUCGCUCUAUUCCUUCCCCAACAACACUUCCUGUGGUACCUGAGGCAGUACCUACAGCGCAUCGCCGACCCCAAGAGCGAGGUGGGGAAGUACGCCGUGUACUGCCAGCGGUCCCUGGAGCGCACGCUGAGCAGCGGGGAGCGCGAGGCCAAGCCCUCCCGCAUGGAGAUCGUGUCCAUCCUGCUGAGGAACCCCUACCACCACUCGCUGCCCUUCAGCCUGCCCGUGCACUUCAGCAACCAGGCCUACCAGGUGGUGGGCUUCGACGGCUCCACCACGGUGGAGGAGUUCCUGGGCCCGCUGAACCAGAGGGUGGGCCUCAGGAAGACCCAGCUCUCCGGCUUCGCCCUCUUCACCGACGACCCCUCCGGGAAGGACCUGGAGCACUGCCUGCAGCCGUCGGCCAAGAUCUGUGAUGUCAUCUCCAAAUGGGAGCAGGCCCUGAAAGAACUGCAUCCUGGGAAAUAUGAGGGGACGAGAAUCGUUCGUCUGACGUACAAGAGCAGGCUGUGUUUCCGAGCUCAUGCCAAGGGCGAGACGGAGCGAGAGCGCCUCCUGCUGGCCUACCAGGUGAACGACGAGGUGCAGGGCGGACACUUCCCCGUCAGCAAGGAGCUGGCGCUGGAGGUGGCCGCGCUCAUGGCUCAGGUCGAGCAUGGGGACCUGGAGCGACCCACACCCCCCUCCUCCUCCUCCCCCCCCUCCCCCCCCUCCCCCGUCACACCCGGCUCCCCCUCCUCCAAGGCCCAGCUGGUUCUGCUGCAGAUCAUGGAGCGAUUCUACCCCAAGCGCUACAAGCAGGACUGCACCUCAGACCAGCUCCGGGAGUUGACAGAGCGGCUCGCGGCUAAGUGGUCGAUGCUGCGCGGCAGAAGUGCGUCCGAGUGCGUGCGGAUCUACCUCACGGUGGCCAGGAAGUGGACGCUGUUCGGGGCCAAGCUCUUCAGCGCCAAGCCCGUGCCCCCGUCGCAGGCGGAGCAGAGCGAGGCCUGGCUGGCGGUGAGCGAGGAUGGCCUCUUCGUGUUGGACCACACCAUGCACACGCUGGCCACCUACCCCUACCAGUCUGUCAUUACCUUCGGCGGUUACCGUGACGACUUCAUGGCGGUGGUGAGCCAGCAGAGGGAGCCAGGCGCGCCCAAGAAGAGCGUGGAGAAGCUGGUGUUCUCCCUGGCCAAGCCCAAGAUCCUGGAGUUGACUCUGCUCAUGGCCAGCUACAUCAACCACUGGAGCCCCGGGGGCCCCCCCCCCGCCCCCACGGGCCCCCAGUGGGACGGGGACAGCCGACACUUCCCCUGCAUGACCUACACCACCAAGAGCCCCACGCUACUGUGAAGCCCCCCCCCCCCCCCGGCCCAGACAACCCCCCCCCCCCCCCCGCCCCUCCGACCCCCGGACAGGACAGGAGCCCCCCUGUAGGACUUUAUGUAGUUUCAACGUAUGUAAACGAUGUCAAUGGUACGUAUGAAGAGUUCCUAACUUGGAUAUGGCCCAAUGAGGACUGUAUUUAUUUUUAUUUUCGGCGAUGAAGCAGAAGGGUGGAUCACUGUCUCCUCUCUUUUGCUUCUGAACCGAAGUGAUUUGGUUUAAGAAUAGAACAAAGGGGUGGCCCGGGACAGAGCAGGGUUUAAGAAUGGAACAAAGGGGUGGCCCGGGACAGAGCAGGGUUUAAGAAUAGAACAAAGGGGUGGCCCGGGACAGAGCAGGGUUUCCCCAGACGUACUUUUCAUCUAAUUUUGGCCUCGUCAAGAUGAGGUGUUUUUUUUUUUAUGCGAGGAAGGAGGAGAUGGGAGCCCUGCUGUGUUUCUAUACCACGGACGCGGAGCUACGGCGGAUCUUCAGACUCAAUCUGAAUAUUCUUCACUGGUGUGUGCUUGUGUACGCAGACCACCAGGUUAACUGUUGACCGAGGAAACAGGUUCUACAUCUGUUCAGAAAGGGACCGGUGAAUAGGAUUCCUCUUAACGUGAUCAAUAGUAUGUGUUAACUGGCUUUUUUUUUUUUUAUCAUCUUCAAAUGAGUGCAAUCCAUAAAAGUACAAUGAUAAGUUGUACCAACUCGCGGUUGUAAGUACUCAGUCUAGACUAUAAACUUAGUGGUACUAUAAAUCAAUGUUUUUUUGUUUCCAUAAAACUUGAGAUAUUUUUCGUCUGUUGAAGUACAGGCCAUAUGUUUGGACUGUCCAAGUCCUUUUUAAAUAAUGUUUUUUUACCCAGUGAAAUGCUGGGGAGAAUCAAAAUACUGUCAGUUCUAUAAAGAGCUUAAGGGGAAUGCCAGAUUUACUUAAUGUUUACCAGAACAUUCAAUCAUACUUAAGAUAAUGACAAGAUGUUUGUCAUUUUUGUCUUGAGUGUGGUGAUUGUUUACUUUUCUAAGCUACAGAUACUAUAGAUUCUAGCAUUCAAGAACUGUUAUUCUAAUAACUAGAUGCGACAGCAAAGAGAGACAUAUCAGCAUCCACAUUUAGCAGUCUUUACAAUGACAAUAUUCCUGUUUUUAUUAUAGUUUGUUUUGUUCAAGGUACAGCGUUUAAAAUUAAAAAAUGAUACAGGAACAUUAGGAUGAGCGGGAAAUUAUGUUUGAAUGACUUAAACUGUUAUUGGAUCAAACCACUGUCUAUUAAGUUAUUUAUUACGUUUGCCAUUGUUUGUUUUAAUCUUUUGAAAUAAUACAGAACUUUGACUGUCUUGUGCUACAGAGUGAUUGAGGAUCGGGGCAUGUGUACGAACAACCCCAGUACGCAUCAGGUGCACGAGUCCGGACGGCUGAAUGAGGACUGUUGGUCUGUAUGUUGUAUGUUUUUGAUCAAUAAAAUGAAAUGGGUAGGAUCAUCA